UGGUUCGUGUUUGCUUGUUGGUCGGAGGGGAGGCGUUAAGAAAAGUAGUUUGGGAAGUUUCGCAGCGGUUAUUUUUACACGGGAAGUAGGGGGAAAAUACGGUGGGACACGAUCGGCGUCCGUAUAGGACAAAACAAACAUGGAGAUCCCUGCAGUAAACCUGAAGGCCAUCGUCUUCGUGCACUGGUUGCUGACCAUCUGGGGCUGCAUGGCCUCAUGGCUGCCCUCGUCGUACGCCUGGGGGAAUUUCACAGUCCUAGCCCUCGCUGUUUGGGCCAUUGUUCAGAGGGACUCUGUCGAUGCAGUGUUGAUGUUUCUGGUUGGGAUGGUGAUGACCAUGCUGAUGGACAUCAUCCACUUUGGGAUCUUCUACCCGCUGGCGGACAACCUGACGGACAGGACACGGGACACGUUCCGCUUCAGCGUGGGCAUGGCCAUCCUCAGCCUGCUGCUUAAGCCCGUCUCCUGCUUCUUCGUCUACCAGAUGUACCGCGAGAGGGGCGGAGACUACAAUGUUAACUUCGACCUGGAGACCUCGGUGGACAGUCGCUGCACCUCGGACAGUGGCGAUAGCGCCCCCUUCAGCCGGCGCUACUGAGUUCCAGGCCCAACUGCCCCUCCUGUCUGUCUCUCCUUUCUGUUGUAUGAUUUAAAAACCUUUUGUUUUUUUGUACCAACAGAAGCCGGUCAUGUAUAACUGUCUCUUUUUCUUCCACGUGUCCAGUAUCAGUCGCCUUGUGGCCUCACCUUGCCUGCCAUCCUGGAAUUCCCUCUUCUGCAGUUCCAAUGCACCUGUUCUCUGAACGCUGAAAUUUCACACUCCUGUUUUGUAAUUCUUCAAUAGCCUGUUUUAUUAUUUUUAUCAUUACUAUUUUAGAUGAAGGAUUCACACUCGUUGGCUCUUUCCGAUUCUGAUCUUUUUCUUUUUUAAUUUUAUUUACUGAUAUACUGAUGUCAUUCAUUUCUAAAAGCACUGGGUUAUUCUGUUGCCCUUUCUGUUUGUAAUUCUUUUGGGUAACUCUCUCUUUCUUCAGUUACUUUUCCAUUUCUGUUGUCAGUCUCAUCUCUUCCUCAGCAGGCUGUUUUGUUUCAGCCUAUUAAUCGUACGUGUUUGAUGUCAGAAAUAGAUUGGUUAGCCCCUCGCUUGAGCUCUCUGUUUGGAGAAGAAAUGGAAGAAAAAGGAUUAACAUGAACAUUUAAUUUGUUAAGCCUGUCUAUGCAAUUUAAAAUGCUAACGUUUUCUGUUUUUAUUAAGAGUAGUAAUUUAUUUAAAAUUUAUUUUUUAAAGUUUAUUUUAAUAAAUUCUUCUGAAGGAAAUUUCGUGUUUUUGUUUACACCUCGUGUUUUGUUUAAAUGCUUUAUUCUGCCCAGUCUGUUCAGCUUAUAUAUCAGAACGGGGUUUAUUUUUCAGUUUGUGAAUCACUUCACCUGUGUUUCUGUGUCGGCAUAAUGAAUGUUCUAGAACACCCCCAACCCUCCCCCCAGAUGCCACAGCACAGGUCAGAUGUUAAAGGUUCUAUCUAAUGGUGGGGUAGCUAAAAUGUUGCUAGGCACUGGUGUUGUUGCUAAGUAUCCCCCAUAAUGUUGCUAGGAGAUGCAUUUUUAACUUAAAUUUAGCAUGUGGAUGUCCAUUUGUCGCUUACGCCAGUCGGUUUUCAGUUCUCUUGCGUUUGUUUUUGUGCGUUUUGCCGAAGAGUCCGUUUCUGAAGCUUCUGCGUUCUGGCCCAGAGGCUCAGCUCCGGUCCGCUUCUGGCUGUGACCCUCCAUGUCGCCCCAGCGUUGUCCCUCAUGACUGCUAAAAUGACUGAUGGUUAUGUUUACGUCACACUAGUCAGCAGUUCUGUCACUACAGUCAUACUGGCUAACGACCUGGGUGGAGCAGUUUCAUUGUGGGGAAUUAUUUUUGUGAAUCUAAUCUGUCUAAUCUAUCACACAUUGCAACUGUCAGAAAUUUAGAUUUUUUUUGUGCACUUGUUGUUUUGAGUGUAAAAAUACUAAUAAGGAGUCACGGCAGUUUAUGACCUUGAUAUUAAUGCAACCAUUCAGUCUUCCCUGUUCAUGUGUGUUCUAAACUAUUAGGAGAUGUUCUGGGUCAUGACUGUGGGACAAUUAACACAAACAUACUUUGAAUGACAGUGGGGAAAAAUGAUAUAAUUUACAUGGCUUGUUGGCUAAUUAUCAGUAGAUUAGCCAUCUGCCUGGAAGGACCCCUUCCCGGGGACUUCCUGAAUGCUAAUCCAUUUUACAUGCUGAAUGCUAACCAGGUUUAUCCGAUGUCCUGACACCUAUUUGUAGCAACCCGCACUGGGAAAUGAGGCAGAAAAUCUGUGAGCGCGACCUGGCGAUCAGCGAGCGUGGCAUGAGUGUGACCGCGGCUUGUGUUC